GGCUACCGCGAAAACCGAAAUUCGCAAAUUGCGGGGAUCUUUCUCUUUUACUCCAAUGGAGGCGUAAUUAGAGUGACAGAGAAAAAUGCCCGCAAUUUGCGAACUUCGAUUUUUGCGGUUAUAGCCCAGACCACAACCAGACGCGCAACGAAAACAAACCCAUUUUGAUACUGGCCACAUUCACCUCGAUCGCCAUUGGUAACGGUUGUGUCAACAAAACUUUUGUUUACAAAUGGCCACUGGCGAUAAAUUCAAAGUUGCUCUGCCAUAAGAUGUGAGAGUAUUAGUUUAGUUUAAUAUUAGUUUUCAGUGAUGGGUAAUUGUUGGGCGUACGUUACCCGCCGCCGGAGUGUGCGUAGACGUAUAGUGUUAAUAUUAAUAGGUUUAGACAACGCGGGAAAGACUAAAACCGUGAACAAUUUGGCAGGAGAGAACGAUAAUAAAGUUCUGCCGACCGUAGGUUUUAAGGCUGUUAAUUUGAUUCAUAAGGAUACGCCUGUGACUAUUUACGAUUUGGGAGGAGGGCCGCAUUUUAGGCAAAUAUGGUCGCAGUAUUAUAGCGAGGUACAUGGGGUUAUAUUUGUUAUCGACUCGAGUGAUUUUUCACGGUUAGAUGAAUGCCGUGCUGUGUUGGAAGAAGUGUUAUCGCAUGAUAAAAUAUCGGGGAAACCAAUACUGGUGCUGGCCAACAAGCAGGACAAGUCGGGCGCGCUGGACGACAUAGAUGUCGUCGAGAAACUCAACAUAGAACCGCUUGUUAACAAAUACCGAUGUCCAACCCUUGUAGAAUCCUACACCGCCGAAGCGGAAACUAAAAAGAAAAAGCCCAAAAUCGAUCCAGGGCUAAAGAAGGGCUACCACUGGCUCCUCAACUACAUAGUUCGCCGUUAUGGAGACAUCAACCUCCGCGUGCAGACAGACAUACAUGCUGAAUUGGAGAGGAGGCGGCUGCAGAGCAAAGCGAGCCAGACUUUUACGGCUGACAGCGAAAACACGCAAACCGGCUUUGAAAAUCCAAACUUCAAUCUCGAGACCAAGGACUCCGAAGGCGUCAUAGUGGUCAAGCCGGUCUCCACAAAAACAAACAGCAUUGAUACCACAGUUACCAUCGAGAGCGUCGACAAGCCAAAAUUAUCGCCGCUUUUUGGUCGCGCUAGUACAGAAGCGAUGCCCUCUGCAAGGGUUGAGUUGGAGCCUCGAGCGGAAUUCAGAAAGCUGUCACCGAUCGCCCGCAACAGGAGCGGCGUUAAUAACAUCGACUUUAUGAAUAGACCACAUUCUAGCCCCACUAAGAAGAUAAAGGUCGAGCCAUUGAGUCAAAACACAUCUCUAGAGUCUGAAGAGAAAACGGCUCGAGAGCCGGAGCGACCGCGGCGUAUUAUCAGAGACGGGGAAAUUAUGCGGAGAGAAAUAUUACUCGCAGAUUGCAACAAAACCGCCACCUCCGACGUGACCCCGGUCCGCGAGGCGGCCACGCUGCCGGCGGCCGCGCGGCCCGCGUCGGCCUCGCAGCUGGUGCGGCGGCAGCUGGAGAUGUCCGCGCACCGGCGUCGCCUUAGUUUGCGCUACGUACGUAAUAAGACGAGUCCGGAACGCGUGUCCAUGUUGGUGUACGAACCGAAAAAGAGACAUCUCGACAAGGGGGACUUCCAGCACGCCACCAACUGACGCAGGUCGUAAAAAGUUUCUGCAGUGAUGGGACCAGUGAUUGACAGUUAUUUUAAUAUUUGUUACAAGGUUGUAUGUAUACAUCUUUUUUAUUUAAGCAGACGUUCCUUGGUUUGUUAAAAUAAAUUUAAAUGAUUAUUAUAUAGAAAAAACACUUAUUUUGAUUUAUUUCACUUAGGGCACUUAGGUUAAUCAACUUUAAGACUUUCAUUUGUGUGCCAUAACUUUGGCAAUGAUUCAAAGAAUUAAAUACAAAUAAUCGUGAUUCCUAGUUUGAUAGCUGAAAUAGAUGGUGCUGUACGGCCACAUGUUUAAGUGAAUUGUCAAACGUCAACGUUUGGUUACCAAGGUUACCGCAUAAUGUACAGUAAGGUGUAAGGUGUACAGCUAUCUACAUCAACUGCCAAAUUCGAAGCAGGAAUUUGUGCUAAACUUAACACGUUGGUUAUUCCCACUGAGAAAAAAUCGAGUAACACAUUGGUAACAAUUUUGUGGUAAUAGUAACUAGUGAGAACAUCACAACACGUCUUAGCACCUAAAAUUGUGAUGGGAUGUCAUGUUUAGGUUAUAAAUGUUAUAAUGGUAGUACCCAACGUUACAAAAACUUUAAAAUCUAAGAUUAUCGCGUGGUCGUAAAGUGACGUAAUUAUAAAAGGUACAUAAAUCGUCAAGUUUUCAAUAAUUUUGCUCAAGAUUAUUCAAAUGUGAACGAAGCCAAAGGUUAGUAAAAACAGGGUUUAAUAGAUAUUUACAAGCGGAAAUAAUUAGGAAAUGUAAUAUAUUUAUUCAGAUAAUUUGUAUAGCGUAGGUUAUUCACUAACAUUAUUGAGGAGGGGGGAUCAACUUUUUGUGUUCUAUUCUAUCCCGUUGUCCAAGUAACAAUGAAUACUGGUGUAGGUUGUGUUAGAAGAAAUGUAUCACGUUCUACUAAAACGUUCUUUUACCCCACAGACAAGACAUCCUCCAGACUGAGCAUAGUAGCUCUACCCCCUCUGCCACGCAUACGGUAGUUUUACUCCAUUUUCGAGUCGAAAGUGUCUUUGUGUGACGUCCGUGUCUUUGAACGGACCAAUCACGGCACGGGACCUCGCUGACCUCGUCCCCCGCACCCCAGUAUUUUUGGCAGCAUCGGUUUCAUGAAAUAAUUGCUCUAAACUCCGUCUAGAGGACUCCUAGUCUAUGUUUUACCCUUUGAACGCCACGCCUAUCGUGUGCGGCGCGUCAUCGUGAACCUAGCCGUAAUGCGCGAAGGCUGAUUUUGGGCUGUAGAGUUGCGCGUCAAUUGGCGUCUUUGCGGUCGAAGGGUUAACGAGUUUUGCGGUAGAACGUACUCGUAACCAUGGCAACGAGUAACACUAAAAUGUUGAUUCACCCUUUUCAUAUGUUUAACCCUUUACCAGGCUAAGGGAUAGGUACAUAUUUCCCAUAUACGGCACUUCAAACAUGUGCUCUAUUUUCGAUGAGUAAGACUGACAUUCGAUUGUCAUUUUUGAAAUGUCAGCGUGGUAAAGGGUUAACGUCUGUAGAAGUAGUUGCAAUAUUUUUUAUCCCAUUCUUUUAAAUCUUAAAAUUAUAUAGGUACCUACCUAGUCAUUUAAUUAAGGUCAAUGUGGCGAAAACCGUCUAUGAGGGAAGACCGUCUAGACCUAGACCUCUUUCGUCGCUUUUAACUCUUGCGUCUGUACACAUACUCCACUUACACAAGGUCGGUAGAACAGAAGGGGUAAAGCGACGUACGUAUACAAAUACUAGAGUUCUUGCCCUAUGACGGUCUUCCCUACAAUCAAUGUUAUAUGCCGGUCUUACCCGCAAUGACCUCACUCUAGUAUACAUAUGAAUAUGAUUUAUAUGAUUUCAGUACAUACAUAGAAAUAUAAAGGAACAUAAGUAUCGAAAAUUAUGUAACGUCCCUACGUUACAUAUUUUUCGAUACUUAUUUUUAUACUAGUCUAUUCUAGUUAAAUACUGCCAUAAUGUGAUUUUAAAACAUAUGUAAUUAGGUAAAUCAUAUAGCUUGUAUGAUAGUUUUAUCCCCGUAAGACCCAGGGCAAUUUUGGCGCUUUUGAAUUUGGAUUUUAUUUUUCGUUGUACACGGGGACUUACGAGGAUUACCUAUAGAUUUAUUGUUGAUUAUAAUAAUUUUAUCAGUAGUUACUUAGAUUUUCACUUUAUAUGGCGUAAUUUGCAAUAAGUACUUGUGUAACUCGAUUUUUAUCAGUGCAAUGUCGCGAAAUAAUUUGAACUACAUACUUGUAAUGUACAUAUCAUAAGUAGUUUAAAAUGUAGAAUCGUGAGCGUUGCGAGGAAUUCAAAGACCGAAUGGGAAAACCUUUGCUGCAACACAAAAUAUGAUUGUUAAUUUUCAUCAAUCAUCGAAUUUAAAUUGUCGUGAGUCAUUCUAACGUUAAAAUAAUUGUAUAACAAGUACCUAUACUGAGCGCGAUGAAUUUGGUACCUUGGCGGUCAAUGUGGUGCGAGCGGUACAGCAAUAUAAUUAUGCGCAUGCGAUAGAGAUAUGAAAUGGCAGGUCACUGUACAAAAUUCUUCGCGCAUUGCGUCCUUACUUUAGCUUGGAAUUACUUGACUAAUACUAGCGCAAGCAAGAGAUACGCUUUACCUUACAUAUUGAACAAUAAAUAUUAAUAAUAGAUUGCGAUGCGAUUAGAGUGCGAUAAUUAGCACAUUACGCAACUAUGUCGAAAAUUUAUAGGGCCAUAUGAGUCGCUUAACUUCAAACUCGGGUAAAUCCAUCUGUCAGAUUAUGCGAUUAUAGUAUUAAGAGAAGGUAAUAGAGUAGAUAUUUGCUGAGAGGGUCGAAUGGAUUUACCCGAGUUUGAAGUUAAGCGACACAUAUGUACUGUACCUACCUACUGUAAAACGUUGUACGAUACAUGUGCGAAUAGGUAAUUCGCAACUUGUGUCGUUUAAAACACUCCAUUCGGUCAUGUUUUAAUUUAUCGCCAGUCGUUUCUAAUUUCCUAUUUUUCGCACUUGUAUCGUAAUGUACAUACUAUUAAAUACAUAGUACGGUAAUUUUCUACUUUG